AAGCCAGUGAUACAGCAUGUAGACUAGGCUUGCUUUGUACAGUCUACGCUGACUUUUGCCUGAACGUUGCAUGGGCGCCACCGGAGUUAUCGGCUCGGACUAAACUUUUAAACGGGAUCUCGUGUUAUCAGAGCGGUGAGUGCGGUGUGGACAUUCGCGAGUACAGUUGCAAGUAAACGGAUCGCGUGGAUCAACAGCUCACGCUGAAAACUUGGUACUAAUUCCACUGGGAUUGGAGCUUUAUAAUUCCCACGGGCUAUUUUGAUGAACUGGUGUCGGCGUGUGUGGAUGUGAAGAGAGACAAGUCACCGUUGAAACAGCAGUCUCGUUGACGGAUCACGACCAGUGGGCACAUUUGAAUAGACAGGAUACCCACAGCCUUAGUAAUUUAACAGUUUUUGAAUUAUUUAUUUAUUUUCCCUUUUUUGUAAAUUGUGAACACCAUUUCAAUGAUGGACGAGGAGAACGGGUUACCAGACUUCAAGGAUCUUGAAAUCAAGUUGGGUCGCAAAGUGCCUGAAAGUCUCGUCAGGUCUUUCGCUGCUGAGGGAGACGUGAAAUCAAACACCGAGGAACCCAACAACAAGAGUAUCACUUCUCCAGCAGCGACUGUAAAGAACCACACGUCUGCAGACUUGAAACGGCUGGAGAGCAAGAUGCUAUUUUUAAAACAGGAAAUGGCUCACCUGCGCGCCAUCGACGUGAAGCUCAUGCACCAGCUGCUGUCCAUCAACGAGGGCAUCGAGUCCAUCCGUUGGCUGAUGGAGGAGCGGGGGGGCGUGGCCGGCAGCCGUGGCAGCAGCCUGACAGGCAGCCUCUACAGCCUAUCGGAUAGCCAGGAGUCAGACGACUCCUCCCAGCACGGCGGCAGCUGCGACAGUCUCCAUAACGACCACGACGGCUGCGACGACGGACUGGACGGAAUCUCUGUGGGAAGCUACCUCGACACGCUCGGCGAGGACUUGUGCGAAAGUCCCUCGCCCACGGAUAUGAUGAUGAUGACGACGAACGGCCAUCUUGAGACAACGAACGGCCAUCUUGAUAAUCAUGGUGGCGAUGAUGGCGAUAGUGGUGGUGACGAUGGCUUUGCUGACAAACACAUGACCACCAUCAUCCCCACCCCCACCACCACCACCACCACGACAGUUGUGGACGAUGAGGACAUUGUGAAGAAGCCACUGUUGUCGUCAGUUCGCCCAAGAGUCGAGUCUGACGAGUACUUUAUUUUCGCUUGAUUGGUUGAUUGAUUGUUGUGUUAAUGUUUUUAUUUAGUGCUGGCUGAAUCUGUUGGACUUUCUAUUAUACGUUUGGAUCCUGCCACCAUACUCCACCCUCACACAAGCACUACCACCAACAUCACCACUACUAAAACAACCACCACCACCACCACCACUACUACCACUACUCAGUACUACUAC